AGAGUCAAUAAUUAUUUAAAACAACGUUUUCUAUUCAGUCUACUUCAACUAACUGUGCACUAAACGUCUUAUACUUGAAUCGUAUCCUUUAUUAUGAUUUAUAAAAAUACUGCAAUUAUUUUUUUUCUUAUAACAGUUAGUAGUGCUGAGCGAUGGUACGCUGCAACUGACCUCAGUGAUAAAAAUUUUAAAGUAGAAUAUCCAACCGAAAUUCCUUUGUUAAAAUUAAAUUCUAGUAGAGAUAUAUUUAGUAAACCAGAAAAAGUUCUGAAUUAUACGCACGUAAAUACUUCUGCAUCCAAAAAUAAGAGUAUUAAUCUUAAAAUUGAAGAUUACCCGCUAUUGAAUCAAUGGAGAGCAAGAAAUAUAAUAUUACGAAACAUCACUGCAAAAAAUCUAAAACAGUUUCGUCGUAAGCGAAAGAUAUCUUACAAGAGAUAUAAAACAGAACAGAGUUUGGAUCAUGUUGGCGCAUAUUCGAAUAGAACAAAGCAUAGUCGAUUUUUAGAAGUUUUUCAAGUAGUAGAAUUUGAUCAUAUACCCUGUAAAUCUAAUCAUGGAUUAGAAGGAAUAUGCCUUCAUGAAUAUGAUUGUAAAAAGACCGGUGGGAAAAAUAUGGGUAUCUGCGCUGACGGAUAUGGAACCUGCUGUAUAGUUCAAUUUGGAUGUGACAUGGAAUCUGCGGCUCCUUCUGGGUGGUUUACCAAUACCGAGUUCCCGUUGCCAAAUACCGAUCGAUUAUCAUGUGCAGUUACAUUACAUAAAUCGUCACAGGAUGUCCAACAGAUAAGACUUGAUUUUUUAAACUUUGAGAUUCUUCCACCGACGGCCGGAAAUUGUGAACAAGACCAAUUCAUAGUUACGGGACAAAAUGUUAAUAAUAUUAUACCGAUAAUAUGCGGUGUCAACACGGGCCAACAUGUAUAUAUUGAAGUUGGUAAUAUAAAGGGUCCAGUGAUGUUGUCUUUUCAAACUGUUACGGCAGACAGCCGGCUUUUUUCUAUAAAGGUGACUCAAAUAACAAUGAAUAGUGAAUUAUCUGCACCUACAGGAUGUCUUCAGUAUUUUAAAGAGAGUCAAGGUCAUUUAGAAUCAUUUAAUUAUCGGGACCGAUAUGAAAUUGCAGUUGGAAACACGCCUAGCUAUUUGAAUAAUCUUAAUUACGCCAUGUGCAUAGAACGACAACCAGAUGCAUGCAGCAUAACAUAUACCAACGUUGGAAAUAUGCAAAUUUUAAACUACGAUAUUGACGGAUUACCAGUAAUUCCUCCCAGACAAGCAGGUGUAGAAAUAUUUAACUGCCCAUCCGAUUGGUUGUUAAUAUCGGCUGUGAGGUUGUGUGGAGAGAGGCUCAAUGAUGGUUCCGUACUUCAGGAUUUCUCUUUAGACGCUCCUAUUACAGAUGAUGGAGUGGGCCCCAUCGUCGUUUGGUUUAGAUCCGACAGUGUUUACACAGGGCGUGGUUUCAAACUGCAUUUCCAACAGAAUUCUUGCUCAGUUCCUUCAUAAGUCAAUUAUAUACAUGUAUAUUGAUUUUUAUAGAAUUACUGUAUUUCAUACAUUUAUUUA